UCCAACCCCCCUCUUUGGCAUGGGAAACCUUUCUCCUCUAAGAACGUGCUUGUCUCUCUUAGUGACGGCCUUCCUUCCAGGCUCUCUUGCAAAUAUAUCUGGCAUUCAGCACAAACCCCCAAGCUAAAAAUAUUUCAAUGGAAAGCAUUUAUGGGUUGCCUUCCAUUUCCUGACCUGACUACAAGAUUCUCGGCCAGUCUCCCCAGUAGAUGCCCCUUGUGCAAAACCAAUGGAGAAACCUUGGAUCACACUCUUGCCUCUUGUUCCGUCAGCAUGCAAGUAUGGAAGUAUUUUGCAGCCCUCAUUGAUGCUCCAAAACCAUCUGCAGAACUACGACUUAAUCAAAUCUUCCUCACCUGGUGGUUCAGUGCCGAGACAUCGUCAUUUAAGGGCAUCCUUAGACUUGUCCUGCCAGGAGUCAUAUCUUGGCAUCUUUGGAAAGCAAGGAAUCAAGCUACUUUUGACGGAUCAAUCCCGUCUAAGGAAACUAUCAUUCAGAAAUGCUUCUAUCACAUACAAGCUUGGAGUUAGGCCUCUAGACGAAAGAGAUGGUCCCUUCUCUAAUUCCAAUGGCAGGCUCUCCAUUCAUCUUGAAAGCAAACGGUCUCUGGAAGAAAUGAAUGCAAAAUCAGAGCUUCCCUUAGCCACUGCAAGUCUGGCCCAUAUCGAAGAUUCUGAGGUUCCAAGAAUCACAAUACUCCCCCCGGAUAGUGGAGUGACCCAUGGUAGAAGUGAGGACCCAGUUUCUGCUGGGUGGCAAGACCCAUUAGUUGAUGCCCUUGAUAUCUGCUCUGUUGUGCAGGAGGAUUGCACUUCGUCCAUUCCAGGCUUACUUUUUCAAAUAGACAUCCUUGAUCUAUGCAGCAAAGAAAAGAACACUUUGAGUCUUACUUCAAGGAAACCUCUUGCUAUANCAAGUCUGGCCCAUAUCGAAGAUUCUGAGGUUCCAAGAAUCACAAUACUCCCCCCGGAUAGUGGAGUGACCCAUGGUAGAAGUGAGGACCCAGUUUCUGCUGGGUGGCAAGACCCAUUAGUUGAUGCCCUUGAUAUCUGCUCUGUUGUGCAGGAGGAUUGCACUUCGUCCAUUCCAGGCUUACUUUUUCAAAUAGACAUCCUUGAUCUAUGCAGCAAAGAAAAGGUUUUAGAAUUAUGUUGCAAGGGAGAUUUUGAAGAGGAAUUCAAACUUCUAGAGCCCCUGUUCACAGAACACUUUGAGUCUUACUUCAAGGAAACCUCUUGCUAUAUUAGGGAAGCAUUGACUAUAGGGCUGGUUCGUGACAAGCUGCAGAAGGGGAUUUUGAAAAAUGGUAAGGGUAAAGCCUUCAAGAUGACAAGACAGGUGGCUAAAAGCAUCGAGGUUGUUGAUUCUGUCAACAUCAAGGGCAUUCCUGCUCUUUUCUCUAUUGUGGAAGAGCUUAAGAGGGAUGUUUCUUCAUUUCUCUCCACCAGAUUUGGGUUUGUCCUCUACUGCUUUAAGGUCGUGGUUAAGGCAAAAACCAUAGGUUUUUGGCUAACCACCCACCCAGCGAUGGGAAUAACAUCCCAUCGAUGGGUAAGUAGCCCCUUAGCCAAACCAACUUCCAGAACCAUGCCAAACAGCGAUGGGAAGCUCUACCCAUCGCUGUUCAAGCCUUGGUCCAACAUUAUCACAAGGCAGAAUGCCCUUACCCAGCGAUGGGAAGAUUUACCCAUCGAUGGGAACCCAGCGAUGGGAAGGCAUGACCGUUGGAAGUCAUUUAAGGUUGAUUCUUUCCUUGUUUGGAAGUCAACCUCCAACCCAGUGAUGGGAAGCUUGUACCCAUCGAUGGGAAUUGGAGAAGGUCAAUCAACAUCUAGGCCACUGCUUUUUGAUGGCACUAACUACACAUAUUGGAAAGAGCGGAUGAGAAUUUAUAUCCGCUCAACCAACUUCCAGUUGUGGUUGGUCAUCAAAAACGGCGAAGAAACGCCAAUGAAGAAGGUCGAUGAAAAACUCGUCCCAAAGACCGAAGACGAAUUUGAUGCCGAAGACAUCAAAAAAGUGGAGAACUACGCCAAGGCAAUCAACAUGCUGUACUGUGCGGUCAAUCCUGAUGAUUAUCGCAAGAUCUCUUGCUGCACCACGGCAAAAGAAAUGUGGGACAAGCUGGAAGUCACAUAUGAAGGUACGGACCAAGUUCGGGAAGCCAGAAUUGACUUCCUAACGCAGGAGUAUGAGAUGUUCAGGAUGAAGGAGCACGAGAAGAUUGACGAUAUGUUCGACCGUUUCUCCAAGAUAGUCAACGAUCUUCAUGCAUUAAAGAAGACGUACACCGAUAGGGAUCUUGUGCGAAAGAUCCUACGGAGCUUGACAUCCGAAUGGCGAUCCAAGGCCGAUGCCAUCUAUGAAUCAAUCGGCACAUCAAAUGUCACCAUCGAUGGCCUAAGAGGUAAUCUAAAAACCUAUGAAUCGACUAUUCUUAAUCCGUCUUUGAAUGACCAAAGGAAAGGGAUAGCACUAAAAGCCGUCAAAGAAUCAACGAUGGAUGAUUCAAGUGACGAUGAUGANAACCAAUAUUUUCCCAAAAUAGGAUGAAUAUGGUUAGGCCCCCUAGCUAUUAUCAACCUAGGCACAUGUUCAACCCAAACGUAGUAUGCCACUAUUGCAAUAGGGUAGGACAUAUAGCUCCCGUGUGUUUCACCAGACAUAGGCACUUCACCUACAAUGAAACACACAACGUAUUUGGUGCUAAUGAAAAGAAAUCCUUUGG